AGCCUGGCUUAGGACUCAGGCCACUGCAGUAGAGGUCCCAAGCCCUGCCUGCACCACCACGGGAUAAUGUCCAGGACCCUGAGGCUGGCCCUGCUGGCCUUGGCCUGCACUGUGGACCUGAGCCAGGCCAGUGGCUUUACAGAAAAUGGCCUCUCGCUGCUGAGCUAUCAGCUGUGCAGCUACCCGAUGACCCAAAGAGUCCAGAAGCUGCAGGCGGUGCAGACUUCCCACACAGCCUACGUGUACUGUGGAGGAUGGAUUCCUUGGAAAAAGUGCCCCAAGACCAUGUACCGGACCCAAUACCUGGCGAUGGAUGUCCCUGAGUCCAGGAACGUGACCGACUGCUGUGAGGGGUUUGAACAGCUUGGCCUCUACUGUGUUCUGUCCCUGAACCGGUCCGGGGAGUUUGCAUCAAGACCAGGGAUGUGCCCAAUAGUUGAGCCAGAGUCAUUUAGCCCAUCUUGCAGCUUGGACACAGACUGCUCUGGACUUCAGAAGUGCUGCUCCUGGCCAGGGGUCCGCCGCUGUGUGUCCCCAACACCCACAGGUGCAGAGAGGAACACUGUGGGCUGGUACAACCUGACUGUGCUGGUGAAGAUGGGCUUUGAGGACCUGCAGCGAGAAGAUCCUGGGCUCCGGAACCACACGCGUCUGCUCUACUCUUUGGUCACUAGUGCCUUACAGCCCCUGAACCCAGCUGUACACUACCUGACCUCCACUGGUGGCAGGGACACAUUCACCACGGUGUCAUGGCUGCUGCUGGGCUUUCCACGGCUCAUGACUGUAGCCAACGUCUCUGCCAUGUUGGACGACAUGGUGAAUCGGGUCUAUGAGAUGAUCAGCAUCCAGGUGCAAGACGUGAACGAGUGUCUUCACAGUGAGCUGCAAGCCUGCUCUGGAGGAAAGCAGUGCCAGAACCUGGAGGGCUCCUACCAAUGCGUGUCUCCCCAGCAGCUGAACCACGAAGAUGAAGAUUGCCCUCCAAUUCGAGACUUCGUGGCGCUUAACGUCACCAGCAACAGUUUCCGUGUGUCCUGGAGUUUGGAUUCCACUCAGAACCACACUUUCCACGUUCAAGUGUACAAAGGCAGAGAAACAAUCAGAAGCACUUGGACAAGGGGCCGGACUCUGACUGUGUCUGAGUUGGAGGCUGGAGUACUUUACAGAGUGAGGACUAGCUACCAGGGGUGCCAGGCCAAUGUCUCUGCCACUCUGGUUGUCAAGACAGAUGCCCGGGUUUUCCAAGUCACCAUACGGAUCGUGAACCGUAACCUGACAGAGCAGAUUCUCAACUGCAGCAGCGGGGAAUUCUGGAACUUUUCUCGACAGCUGUUUCAUGAGGUGGAAAACUCCUUCCCCCAAGUCAUCUCUGACAUGUACAGACAAGGGAGGCUGAGGAUGCAGAUCGUGUCUCUGCAAUCAGGGAGUCUGGUGGUGACACUAAGACUCACCCUGCAAGACCCUGACUUUCUAGUGGGUGUCAGCACACUGAAGCCCAUGCUGCAGCUCCUGUCUGCAAGCGCCGUGUUCCAGGUUGACCAGCAGGGGACGCUAGUGCAAGACUGGGACGAGUGUGCACACAGCUCUGAGCAUGACUGUCACCCAAGCGCACGCUGCAUCAACCUGGAGGGCUCCUACACAUGCCAGUGCCUCACAGCCAGGGAUGCCAACCCCUCCAGAGCUGGCAGGGUCUGCAAGGGUGACAUGGUGACCCCUACAGGAGUUGGACUGUCUAUAACCACGAAGGUCACAGCCCCAGCUGUCAGUACGGGGAUAACAACCUUUGGCCCAGAGACCCUUACCUUGUCACCAAGUUCCAAGCACCCAAGAAGCACCCCAGCAGGAGGCCAAGUCUGGAUCUCAGAGCCUCCAUCUAAGAGAGAUGGUGGUAACACAGUCAGGCAAGAUAGGAAUAGCACAGGACAAGGUACAGAGAUGCCCAACGUGACCCCAAACCUGGACAUGAGCCAUGGAAGUACCAGUGGGGUGACAAGCUCUGUGCCCUGGGCUCCAGGACCAACCCAUGAAUCCCCUCAGGGGACCGCAAAUGCCUCACUGCACACCACUAGAGAGUCACAGGAGUACAUCACCAAAGACCAAUCCUUCCUGACUGCUAGACCCACGGGCCAUGUUGUAUGGCACCCCAGUCCCACUUGGGAGACACCUCUGAACUCCACAAGACUGCAAAAUGAAGACCCUCGACCUUCCUCUUUCCCAGGCCCACCAUCGGCCCCAACCACUGUGGUGUCAGAGCCCCCUGCCUGUGUUCCUGGACCCAUUGGAAAGGUCACAGUCUCUAACGUGACCAGUACCAGCUUCUCCCUCGAGUGGUCUGCAGACAUCCGCCUCUCCCCCGCCUUCUACCUCACGUUGGUCUCUCCUCGGGGACCCGCCCUGGCUAUGGAGACCCAGAACAAUAAUGUGACACUGUCAGGGCUGGAACCUGGAACCUUGUACCUGGUGGAGAUUGUGUCUAAGGUGUGUGAGAAAGAAGGUGCCAGAACACAGCUCAAAGUACGGACAGUGGGCCAGAAACUUGCCGGUAAAGUCCGGAUCACGAGCAUGGAGUAUUCGGAAUCCUUCCGCAAUGCCAGCAGCACGGAGCAUCGAGAGUUUGUACAGUUGUUCUUCAGAAUGGUGCGGGACUCCCUGCCAGCCACACUGCGUCAGCACAUGGACGGCGGCAGGAUCCGCGUGGACAUCGUCGACAUCACAAAUGGCAGCGUCGUGGUGCAGUUUAAUUUGCUAAUGACGGCAGGCCUGGAUGUCAGGGAGGUGUCAGCUGGCUUUCUUGCUGCCCUACAGAACACAUCGACGCUGGAGGUGGUCAAAGGCAAGACCUUUAUAGAAGAUUACAAUGAGUGUGACAUGAGAGAGGAUGACUGUGCCCCUGGGACGUGCAGGAACACCUUUGGGUCCUUUACGUGUAGCUGUGAUGGGGGAGGACCUGACUCACAGGUGGAAUAUUCUGGAAGAUCCUGUGAUGGUGGCUCUUCUGGCAACACGGCCCAGACCCCAGGCUCAGAGUGGUCCCCUACCCCAGCAGGAACUAGGGGUGUCCCUGUGCCAGAUGCCAGCUCCACACCCCAGGACCCACCCCUGCGGCUGAACCUGACGGAUGCCGUUAGUGUGUCCUGUGAGAUCGAGGUGGUGGUCAUCACCAUCCAGAAGCGCUUUCUGCAGCAGGAGGCCAUACCCGAGGCCUCCCUGUACUUGGGAGAGCCGUCCUGUAAUGUGAGCAGAAGCAACAGCACACACGUGUUCCUGGUGGCUGGCUGGGGCCAGUGUGGAACCCUUGUACAGAGUAACAUGACCACCACAGUGGUGAAGACCACGCUGAGGAACGACCUGUCCCCAGAGGGUAUCAUCCACCAUCUCCAGAUCCUCAGUCCCAUCCACUGUGCCUUCCAGAAUGAUCUUCUGACUUCCUCGGGCUACACUCCACAGUGGGGGGUCUACACCAUCAUUGAAGACCUCCACGGUACGGGAAAUUUUGUCACGGAAAUGCAGCUGUUCAUUGGCGAUUCUCCCAUACCUCAGAACUAUAGCGUGGCCGCUAGCGACGAGAUCAAGAUUGAGGUGGGGCUUCACAGGCAGAAGAGCAGUCUGAAGGUCGUGCUGACUGAGUGCUGGGCCACCCCCUCCAGCAACGCCAGGGAUCCUGUCACCUUUGGCUUCAUCAACAACAGCUGCCCUGUUCCCAAUACCUACACCAGCGUGAUCCAGAAUGGCAACUCCAGCAAGGCCCAGUUCAAGCUGAGAAUCUUCUCCUUUAUCAACAAUUCCAUUGUCUACCUGCACUGCAAGCUGAGAGUGUGCAUGGAGAGCCCCAGGAACUCAUGCAGGAUAAGCUGUAAUGACUUCCGGUUGCUGAGAAGCAGUGAAGCCUUGCACCAGAUGACCUGGGGGCCCCUCCAUCGGUCUGAAGGUACACAGGCAUGCACAAAGCCAGUCCUGGGGACUGGUUACAUCAUUCUCCUUGCGGCAGCUGCGCUUAUGGUGACGGCAGGGGCUGCAACCCUUCUGAUCUUGCGUUAUCAGAGAGUAAGGCAGAAAUACAAUCUUCGGAUCCAGACCGACGACUUCAGCUACCAGGUGUUCUCUCAGUAGGAGAUCCAGCUGACCAGGAGAUGGAGCACCCUGUAAAUAAGGUCCAGUGGCUAAUUCAUCGAACGUUGACAGGAGUCCAACUCUGGACGGUGUUACUUCGGCACUUGGGAAUGAGACCCCACGAGGACAGCAAACCUCAGUCUGCCCCCGAGAGCCUGAAGACUCAGAGUACCACCCACCAGGCUGGUGACGGGCCUGCUGAAGCUGUGGGCAGAGCGCUGGAGCAGCCUUCAUCCUCAAACCCAGCACAAACACGGCCCCAAUUACCACAGACUUCCAAGCUUUAACAUCCGAGCUGUUCUCUCACAAUGACAUCCUCGCAGACAUUUUCCAGUGCCUGUGAUGCUUGUUCGAGAACAGACCUAUCCGAUAAACUCUCCGAGGGUCGUUUUUUUCCAUACACAAACACACAAACUCAGCUCUCCUUAUCAGCCUGCGGCAGUGACUCAAGACAACCUAGGUGAAUACCGGGAGCUUUCUAACGAGUCACAGUCAUGUGACGUGUAUGUACCCCUCUUGCAUGUUUCCCAGCACAUCCAUGGACAUUUUUUUUUCAUGUAAUUCCAUGAAGAGGAAGGUGUGAUUUUUCCCACUCCACCACAAGGAAGCAGGGAAGGGGUGGGAGAGGUAUGUAGCAUGCUAACAGGUCCUCUUUGUUGAUUUGAAAGACCCAAAUUGUGGUUACAUAGUUAACACCUGAGGUAAUAGUGUCCUCCCUAAUGGAUAUAGGGUCCUAACAGCGUUGUAGCUUUUAAAUAACAUGCUUAGUUGUGUUGGGUGUGACUGUCACUUACCCAGAUCAUUUGGGGAAAUGAGUCUUUCUGAUUUGUUGUGUAUUCUUGGGGGUAAGAAUGACAACCGGGAGUCCUGCGUGGCUAGCCGACUUUGAGCAAUAAAUUUUUCCUGGCACUGAA